CGUUAGCAAAACUCAACUAGCUAGCUACUAAGCUAGUUACGUAGCAAACUCCGCGGCAAACCUCUGGCUUUUCUAGAGAAUUCGAUGCUGUCGUCUCUGCCGCUUUUACCCAAAUAAAUUAGACAGCUUCGAGCGAAAAACUAACAGACGCGCUGCCCCUGACAACCUGCCUAACAACAGGACGGACCAGCUAAAGAGUCACGACAGAGCCAACCGCCGUUUCUGAGGCUUUGGCUCCACACAGUUGACUGUUUGAGAGGUUACAGUGGAACUGGCUGGUGCAACAACUCCUAGACCAGUGAGCCUGAGGGCCCCAGUGGUGUGAUUGAGAAGAUGGACAGGAUGAAGAUAAUCAAGCGGAGGCUGUCCAUGUCUCUACGCAGCGCUCGGCCGGUUGAUGACUCUCUGUCUGAACUUGCAGAACAGAUGGCCUUGGAUGAGCCAUCCACAGCCAGGGACAAUGAGCCCAUGGUGGCGUGCACUGUGCAUCCUCCCGCCUCCCAUAGCGCUCCCUCCUUCCUGCGUCAAUAUGCUGGUCAUCUGGGCCGCACCGCCCUGCGCAGAGAGCCAGGUGGGGGGCUAGAACGAGACAGAGCCUUCCUGAGCCUGCACAGGACUGGAUCUCUGGGUAUUGUCCAUGAAAAUGUGAAGAUGGGUUCAGAUGGGGAGAGUGACCAGGCAUCCGGGACGUCUUCUGAUGAGGUUCAGAGUCCAGUGAGGGUCCGUAUGAGGAACAAUCACCAUCGGCGCAUCUCUAAUGAGGACAUAAACAAACGUUUGUCUCUCCCAGCUGAUAUCAGGCUACCCGAGGGCUACUUGGAGAAGUUUGCCAUGAACAGCCCGCCCUUUGACAAACCCAUGAGCCGCAGGCUACGGCGCGCAUCAUUGUCUGAGAUCGGCUUUGGGAAACUUGAAACCUACAUCAAACUGGACAAACUAGGAGAGGGGACCUAUGCGACAGUAUUUAAAGGGCGAAGUAAGUUAACAGAUAAUUUGGUCGCGCUGAAAGAGAUCCGCCUAGAGCACGAGGAGGGCGCGCCCUGCACCGCUAUCCGAGAAGUGUCUCUACUGAAAGACUUGAAGCACGCCAAUAUUGUCACUCUCCAUGACAUUAUCCACACUGACAAGUGCCUAACACUCGUGUUUGAGUAUUUGGAAAAAGACCUGAAGCAAUAUAUGGAUGACUGUGGGAGCAUCAUGAGUGUUCACAAUGUUAAGAUUUUCUUAUUUCAGCUUUUAAGAGGUCUGGCGUACUGCCACAGAAGGAAGGUGCUCCAUAGAGACCUGAAACCCCAAAACUUGCUCAUCAAUGAAAAAGGGGAGCUCAAACUGGCAGACUUCGGUUUGGCUCGAGCUAAGUCUGUCCCUACGAAGACCUACUCAAAUGAAGUUGUGACAUUAUGGUACCGACCACCAGAUGUGCUGCUGGGCUCCACUGAGUACUCUACACCCAUUGACAUGUGGGGUGUGGGCUGCAUCUUUUAUGAAAUGAUCACAGGCAGACCUCUCUUCCCUGGAUCAACAGUGGAGGAUGAGCUUCAUCUCAUAUUCCGCAUCCUUGGUACUCCUACAGAAGAGACUUGGCCUGGUAUCACCACCACUGAAGAGUUUAAGACAUACAAUUUCCCCCGCUACCACGCAGAGCCCCUUGUCAACCACGCACCCAGGAUAGACAACGAAGGUCAUGACUUGCUUUCAAAGCUCUUACAGUUUGAGGCAAAGAAGCGGAUAUCAGCUGAGGAUGCUCUCAGACACUGUUAUUUCAAAUGUCUUGGGGAGCAGGUUCAAACACUGGCUGACACUGCAUCCAUCUUCUCUGUAAAAGGCAUUCAACUCCAGAGAGAUCCAGGGAAGAGAUCCUCAGUCUACCCAGAGUCAUCCCAAGGGAAGAGCAGGAGACAGAGUGUGCUGUUUUAGUGCCGGUGGGGGCGAUGAGAGGAGGAGGACAGUGACACGUGGAGCUUGUUUGUCAGACAUACAUCCACCGGCCCUGCCGCCUACACACUGAAGGAGUGACACACGCACCCUGCCACAUAAACACAUACUGACAAAAAAAAAAGACACACAUUACUGCAAAAUGACAAUAAACCCACACAAAAGUAAGGCUGAAGAACUCAUUCUUAAACAUAAAGACUCAGCUCAACCCCAAACGUUAAAAAAAUGGAAGAAAAAAAAAUGUGUGUGAUGCUGGAUGAAAAGUCGGAGAGUAUAUGAUUCUCCUUGCUGCUGCUACCACUGUUGCCCGAUACAGGGAAGUAUUCAGGAUGUGAACUGACUUUUAAAACAGACCUUGCUGUAAGAGUGAGCUGUAAGGACGAAGGAGUCAAAGUGGACUUGAAUGAAAAGCAAAGAAAGAGAGAGUUGGAACCCCGAUGGUCUCUUUCAUGAUUUUUCUUUUCAGGCUAUUGCUGUAUAUAAAGAGACUGAGCUGUAGAACUCUGCUUUUUUCAUGACACACCUCAGCCUGAAUCCAAACUCUAAAUAUUGCACCUCAGCUCUAAACCCUCGCCUGAUCUCUCAACCCUUUAUUACAUAACCCUUAAAUACAAUCUCUGCUUUUCUGUCAUUCUCUGUCUUUCUCUUUCUCUCUUAAACACACUCACAUGCUGACAGCUCACUUGAAAGUGUGUAGAUCAUUGGAGUUUACAGAGAUAAAUUUUUGCACCUUAUUGUCCAUUAGAGGUCCGGGUGGCUGUCAUUAUGUUACCUCAUCAGUUACUAAACCAGAGUAGGAUGUGAAGUACACACCAGUGAUAUUGAAAUGUAGAAGAUCCAAAUAGACAAAACAAAACAAAACAAAAUACUCAUAACCCAUAGACAGGAAAUGGACAGAUAUAUUGCACAAAUCAUUACUCUGCAGUUAAAAACACAUGCAGUCUACAUACCAGUAAUAGACAUGAAUUAUAUUUGUCGCAUCCUCAUAUGCUGUAAAGAACACUACACUGCAAGAUGUUCCUGUUUCUGUACACACGAAGGUUAUUGUUGAAGGACAGAGGUAAAAGUGUACAAAUCCUAACUUGCUUAUUAUUAGACACCUCCCUCCUCUUUUGCCUUGACUCAGAAGUGUUCUGGAUUUGUUGUCUGAUGUGCAGGUAUUGAUGUUGAACUCUUCUACAGGAUGUGAUCAAAGGAUUCUGAGAACAUGUCCAUAAAAAUCCAAAGCCUUGCCUGAUAAAAAGUUGGCGAAUCUCAUGUUGGACUUUUUUCAGCGCAGUGCAUAGGCAUACAAGAAGCUCUCUCACUAGAAGACCAGUUCUGUUGCCCCAUACCUGUGCCUCCGCAACGCAUACCGGAUCUCCUUAAAGUGAUGACCCUUCAUCUUGAUGUUUGGUAAGUGGACGAAAAUGCAGGGACGCAAACCAAGAUUGCGUUGAUGUGUGUUUCAGCGUGCUCUGAACUGGCACAUGAAGGCACACACCGGGACGCACCGCAGUUCAGAUGGUUUCCUCUGAAUGUUCUCCCUCAGAUGCCUCAGGACAUUACAGUAGAACUCCACGUUGACAGCCUUAUCUUGGACAAGCCCGGUGAAUCCUGAAAAAAAUGACAACCACGCUCCCGGUCUCCUUACCUGACACGCUGCCUUCAGAUAUAGAAACUGCGACC